AAUGAAUUAAUUUGAUUUUUUUUCAAACAACUUUCGUAUAGAAACUUUUUAAAAAAACACACCGUUUAGCAGUUUCAAAAGCGUGCGCACGAAAAACAAGGGAGGAGGGUUGAGAAAAAGGGUGCCGAAGUAUUGUGCGCUAGAUACUGGUAGGGGCAUUGUUGUCCAUCCUCGGAAGUGGCUCAAAUAUAACGUGCCACGACAUUAGCGCCAUUUCUUACACGAAAACGAAACAGGGAAAACUAAUUGAACAAAUAGAGAGAUAUGUAGCUAGCUAGCUUUCAGAGUCCACUUUUUGAGAGAGCUCAAUCCAAUGUGUGGUUUGGCUGCAGCGACGAACCAGAAUAAUCUCACUCUGCUGGUGCACCCAAUCACCAAAUCCAAAGGAAAUUCAAUCCAGCCAUGCGGCGGCUGGGUGACGUCGUGGAGGCGCCUGCGCUGGUGCUGACGCCGGCCUCCAUGCAGCAGGCCGGCGGGAGGGGGAGCUCCGGCGCCUUGGACGCCAGCAUGGUCGUCAUCCUCGCCGCGCUGCUCUGCGUCGUCAUCUGCGCCCUCGGCCUCACCUCCCUCAUCCGCUGCGCGCUCCACUGCGCCCGCGGCCUCUCCCCCACCACGGCGACGCCGACGCCGUCGGUGUCGACAGCUGCCACGGCCGGGCUGAAGAAGACGGAGCUGAGGAGGAUUCCGGUGGAGGUGUACGGCGCCAAGCAGGCCGGCGUCCCCGACGGCGAGUGCGCCAUCUGCCUGGGCGACUUCGCCGACGGCGACAAGGUGCGCGUGCUCCCGAGGUGCCACCACGGCUUCCACGUCCGCUGCAUCGACACGUGGCUCGCCGCGCACACGUCCUGCCCUACUUGCCGGGACUCCAUUCUCUCCGUCCAUGGAGUCGUCGCCGGCGGCCAAACAUAGCUAGUAAUAUAAUUUCUUGAACAGAAGAGGUCUAAAAUGUAAAUAGAAUAUAGGUGGUAAAGUACUCCAAAAUUGGGAUUGCGUAAAUGCAAGGGAUUGGACACAAUGUUUGAAGUGUCUCUGUCACUUGGAUUAUCCAUCUGUUUAGCUGUUUCUAUGAGUUUUCUCCUUUAAUUUGUGUGCUAGCACAUGAUAUUUCCCCCAAGAUUCGCUGUUCGUUUGUUCUGGGCAUAAUUUUGUCACCACUCAACAACAAAACGAAA